ACAUCUUUUCAUUGAACUUCAGAUCAGUUUUCCAACUUAAUAACAAAAGAUGUAAUAUGUGUACAAUGUUAACAUAAAUGUGUGACAACCUUUCAUAUACUUCCUAACUCAGAAUCUAAUUAAAUCAAAAGUGAACAUAGUGAUUGAUCAGUGGUGCAACAUAAUUAUGUAUGACUUAUAUGUAUCCUACCAUGACUCUUGGGAAUGAAGUGUAAAGCUCUAAAGUUUAUCGUAAUGGUAAGAAUAUAGAGAUCCAAUUAUAUUUGUGUUUUUUUCGUCUUACGCGUCUUCUUUCAAAACUUAAAUCAUAGUUUCUCUCAUAAUUUUCAAGAUCUAUUUUAUAUUCAGCUAAUCUCUUAUCUCUGAACAUCCUAAGGGUGAAGCAAGCUUUCUAGGAAUCGUCCAGGCUUUGUCUCCUUCUCUUUUCCUUGGAGUCCCUCAGACACUUUACUGUUUUGCCUCUUUAUACAAAAAACAUUGUAGAGUGAGAAACCAUAAUUGAUACUCUUUGUGCUACACUGAAUGUUUCCAGUCUACCAUAAGACCAUUACGCUACCAUAAAAUGGUUUGACUGGAUGUAAAAAUGUUCAUGUGUUUGCAGCCCAUUUUGUUAACGUAAGGAAUAAAUUCCAAGGAAGUGCACCUGUCAUGUGUGACUCACUGGGAUAACUAUUCAAUUCUCACUGCAGUAUUUGAACUUUCUUAAAUAGAUAUAAAAAAACAGUGUCUUAUACUUCAGUUGUUUGAUAAUAGAUUGAUAAUUUACGUAUAAAAUGAUGACCAGAAGAAAUAUUUGUGAAGGUAUUUUUGUAUUACAAUAUAUAUUACAGGUUUCUGAAACAGUGAAUGAUAUUUGUAGAGAAGGGAAGCCAGGAGCUGAAAAUGAAGAAGAUUUUUUUGCUACAAAUGGAGGAGGUGCUGGAGGAGGAGGUGGUGCUUCAUUUGUUUUCAAGAAAGUCAGCAGUUCAGAACACUUUGUACCAUUACUUGUCGCGGGUGGAGGUGGUGGCCUUGCUUAUCGAUCUAACUCAUCACAAGACAGACAUCAGGAAGUUAAACUUGAUUCUGGUUCUUCCAGCUGUGGCAUCACAAAUCCAGAAGGAGCAGGGGGUGGGGGAGGUUGGAGUUGUAACACCACUAACUCCUUCACCCAGGCUGGUCAGUCCCUUCUACAAGGGGCAGUAGGGGGCAGCUCCUGCAACAAAUCCAUAGCAUCUCUGAACUGGAACACUCCGGGAGGAUUUGGUGGGGGAGGAGGACCAUGUGCAUCUGGGGGAGGUGGAGGUGGCUACUCCGGUGGAAAUGUGUCCCUACAGGAUGGGUUGGAGCACAGUGGAGGAGGGGGUACAUCUUACUAUCACCCAGAUACCCUCAACCCUGAGAUACACCCAGAUAUAGGACAAAGCUAUGGCCUUGUAGAAGUAAUCCUCCUGAUGAACUGUCGAUGCCAGUACUGGUGUAACAUUACUGACUUUGACAAGAAGAAGUACACUUGUAAAUGUAAAGAUGAACAGCAACUAGCUCCAGACCUCCACAACUGUCUAGAGUCCAACAAGAGUGGGCAGAAGGCGGCAGAGGAUGAGGGAUUAGAACUAAAAUACAUUGUUAUAAUAGCAAUAGGAUCAACGCUCUUGCUGCUGUUAGCCUCUUCAACAGUUGUUUGUCUGUAUCGUCAACACCAGCGGCAGAAACAGAGCAACAUCACCAUGGAACUAGGCCACCGUUCUAAUCAUCAGUACACGAUCAAUACAUCAGCACGUAAUGGCACUCUUCAGCCCCGAAAUGUCCCCCCAUUAGGAAUGAUGGCUGAAUACAACCCUAAUUAUGACUUUGUAGGAGCCAAGUACCCUGAGAAACACCUUCCAGAAUUAAACAGGCAUAAACUACGCCUAACAAGAGCUUUAGGAAGAGGUGCAUUUGGUGAGGUGUACAAAGGCUACUUGGCAGGAGUUCCACACAUGACAGAAGAAUUGUCUGUGGCUGUUAAGACGUUGCCUGUUUACAGUACUGAAGAAUCAGAAAUGGACUUCCUUAUGGAAGCAAUGAUAAUGAGCAAAUUCAAUCAUCCAAACAUUGUUAAAUUGCUUGGAGUGUGUUUCCAAAGCCACCCACGCUACAUCAUUAUAGAGCUUCUUGAAGGGGGUGACCUCAAGACAUUUCUACGGGAGAGUCGGCCGAAACCAGGAGCGACUUCACCAUUACUGUCCAUAGCUGACCUUCUCAAAUUGUCCAUAGAUAUAGCAAAGGGCUGCCAGCACCUGGAGGAAUGUCACUUCAUACACAGGGAUAUAGCAGCACGGAAUUGCUUAUUGACAUGCAAAGGUGCAGGAAGGAUGGCAAAAAUAGCAGAUUUUGGUAUGGCAAGAGAUAUAUAUAGAUCUGAUUAUUAUAAAAAAGGCGGUAAAGCUAUGCUUCCCAUUAAGUGGAUGCCACCUGAAGCCUUCUUGGAUGGUCUCUUCACAACAAAAACAGAUGUCUGGUCAUUUGGCAUUUUGUUGUGGGAAAUUUUUUCCAUGGGAUAUAUGCCUUAUCCAGGACGUACAAAUCAAGACGUCAUGCAAUUUGUGACAACAGGUGGGCGUUUAGAGUCCCCAGAUAACUGUCCACUGCCCAUUUAUCAGCUGAUGUCAAUCUGUUGGGCAGCCAUUCCAGAAACAAGACCUAUCUUCACUGAAUUACUGGAACAUUUAGGGAGAUGUAUACAGAAUCCAGAUGUGGUCAAUGCUCAGCUACCUGUGUUUUAUCCCAUACCUGCCUUAGAAAAAGAAGGAACAAUAAUUCGUCCUCCAGAUAACUUACCUCCCUUGGCAACGCUUUCGGAAGAAAUGUUUCAUCGAGAUGUACAUGAGUCGGACUCCAGGGAACCAUUGUUAACACCUUCCAGCUGUCACCAAGAUGAUAAGAACUGCACAUUUAGUGACAAUGAUAACGGCUCCAAAGUCGUGGACAAUGCUGAAAUUCAGUGUCCGAACCUAGUGGUCAGACUUACACCACCUGACAGUGUUUCCAAAUCAGCCAGUGAAAGCUCAACUCAUCAGAAAAGUAACCAAUUGUUAUCAACAUCAGACUGCUCAACUGCAUCUUUAGUAACGUACGUUUUGGAUGCGACGACUCAGUGUAGUGAUAUGAAGCAAACUAGAACUAACAAUACAUCAGUGAACAAGGAUCACCUUAAACAAACGCAUGCUGAGAGCAGUCCUCUGCUACUGCAGGACGAGGACUCAAGUCAGGGUAGUCAUGACAACAACUGUAACACAAUGUCAAGGUCAGAUAGCAGUAGUGUCAAAUCAACGGACCAUAAAAUGACUGCCUCUAUAUUUGAGAGACUGAGGAAGGGAAGCUUGAAGAAAAACUAAGCAGAGACCAAACUUUUCCCAAGAAAAUGUCUUGUAUUAAUCAUUUUUUCUUUUUUUUAAGUAAUGCUAAAUUGAUAAACAUGUAUAUUAAAUGUUAAAAACACAUCUUUGAACUUUCAUUUAUUUUUAGAUCAUUGUUACUGUAUCUCUUAAUUUGGUUUGUGACUUGUCUCCCUUCCCUACAGGAAAAAAUACAUGAAAACGUACGGCAUUAAAAAGAUGAAAUAAAUUGUUAUUGAAAUUUUUCUUCAAGCAAAAGUUUUACGGGUGUUAAUAGUAAAUAGUUGAUCUCUUCAAUAUUUUACCACAAUACUGUGCAUAUCAUGAACCUUCACAAAUUAACAAUAAUUUGAAUUGUUUUAAUUUUUCUUUCUCAUGGGUUAUUUUACAUUUUUACACAAAGUUCUAAGGUCAAGAUCACCAUGAUUACAUGAUUAAGAAAUUCUCUGUCAGCACUCGAGCAGCCUCAUUCCAAACGGAUUUUAUCAAGCCUCACACAACUAAAACGUAUCAUCAUAUUGCAGACAAGUUUGAAUUUUAGGAUUUGGAGAUGGCUUAAUAAAAGAUUUAUAAUCUUGUUGCCAGAUCCAUCUUCAAUUUUAUAAUAUGUGUAUGUUGUAAAUGAAAAUCUGAAAAUAAAAUAUUGUUUAAACCAAUUUUAGGAUCCUGGGGUCAAGGUUAUCAUCAUAAAGUACCAUCAUAUCGCAGAAAAAUUUGGAAUUCAGGGUCUGAGAGAAAAGGUCAUCUUUACAAUUUUUGAAAAUCCUAGUCAGCACUCCAGUGGCUUCUCCGCAAUUUGUAUGGGAUGAAUUUUUUUAAUAUUUUACAUCUUCAUUUCAUUCAUUUUAUUUUCUAUGCUUGAUUCCUUUAGUUUCUUUUCUAAUACAUUCUGUCAAGGACACAAAUUAGUCCUUACAUCUCUAGGCUAGCUGUGUGGUUCUAAAUGUCCAACAGUGAGCAGAGUUUUUCAUAGUCUUCAACUGGAGCUAUGUCCAGUAUAAGCAGUGGGCCCUGUAGGCUUAUUAUGAGACACCUAUUGGAACUCUCUAUUGGUGGCCAUGAAGUGUAGAGAAAAUUAGCUGUGGGAUUUGGAGUCUCUCUUUUGAUAAUUCAUUUACACAAAUAAUCUUUUGUAUUGCUUCACAUUUAUUUAUUUGUUUAUUUAUUUAUUUUAGAUUUCCAGAUUGUUUUGAAAUGUAUGAGUGUAUCUAGGUUACUGUUGUGUCAUCUUUACACAUUUAAACAUCAUAUAAGACCAAGAUUAUUCAAAUUAUUUCAAGUAACAAAACUCCCAAACUAAACAAUAUAGUUUCUAUCAAAUAUUAUUUACACUGUUUAGAAUGGAACUUUUCAAGGAGAGACAAAUUUCUUCAAUAAGGCAUUCUGAUCUCCCAGAGUUACUGCCCUUUGUUUCACUCUAUCAGCGACAAGUUUUGACAGCCAAUGGGGGCUGAGAAUGUAAUAAGGAAGUAUUCCUCCUUAACAGAGAAUACAUUAGUUGUGGACUUCCUUUAACAAUCAAAAUGUUAUACAUUUAUCACUCUAUGUAUCAUUUACAUACUUUAAACAUGUAAUUUUGAACAAAGUUAUAGAAGCCUCUUCAAAUUUUGCAAUUCUUGAUUUUUUUUUCAUAUUAACUGCAGUAAACUGGGACAGGAAUAAAAAAUUUAUAGUAUUUACUGUGUCCUGAUGACUUACAAAUAUUCACACACAAACCUUUUAAAAACUUAUUAUAAUUCAAAGAUAACAACGUCUAUCUUUUUUGAGCUAGUGAGGGCCUGAAGAUCAUGUGAACUUCUGUUAAUAAAUUCAAACUACUUGCAAGCUAGGUCACAUAGUUUUAUCAAGCACUUUUUAAUUGGUCACAUAUGUUAAACAUUAAGUAAGAUUUCCUCUUUAGAACUAUGAAAUAAUCAUAUGAUGUGCUCAGAUAACAUUUGACCAAUAGCCUAAGAGGCCUUACAGCUGUGAUUUUUGUUUUCUUUUAUUCAGCGACAUAUAUUGAAGGUUGGAGUCAAGUUAUAAAAUGUUAAUGGGUGAUAGAUUGAAUUGGACCUUCAGUUCAAGGACUAAGACAUAUCUUAUCCCUUAAUACUUAUCCCUUGUUAUGGCUAUCUAUUUUUGCAGACACAUGUAUUGAAUACAUCAAUUACCUUUAUAUAAAAUUGUACUGAAGAUGUUGUAGAUAUAUUAA